AUGAAGCAGAGUUCACCUUUGCCUUCUCUGGCAAAACCUUUACAUGGAGACUAUCUUCGCCAAAAGUGUCAUGGACAGCAAGGAUCUGUACAACUGAAAGUACCACUCAUCUGUUCAAUGGCUGUUGGCAGCAUAACAGUGUACUUCAUGGUUGACCCAGCACUGACUGUUCUGGGUGGUUUGUGCCCUGUUGUUUUGGCUGUACCUGUGAACAGUGACUUAGGAGCCAGGAAUCAAUCAGCCCUGCUGCCAGAGGAAGGAAACAUCUUCAGUUACCACAUUAGAGUGUCCAACCCUGUUAGAAAGAUGGCAUUUCCCAUUGUACUUCAGACUGUGUUUGCAGCACUCUUUGGGUCUAAACAAUAUAAACUACUUAUAAAGGCCCUUUAAUGUAAAUAUAUUUACAUUUAUCCUGGCUGGGUUUUGUCAACCUGACACAAGUUAAGAGUUACUGGGGAAGAAGGCCUCUCGGUUGA